CACUGUCAAUUUUGGCUACAGCGCAUCAUUAUUAAAAAUCUUUAAGAUAUCGCUAUUAUUUACCAUGCAUAUACUGUUUUAAAUCAUCGCACUAAUCGUGUUUUGAAUAUUCAAUAAUAAACAUGUCCCGUGACAUCGGCCGGAAAGAUUAUUACAACCGCGAUCGUAAUUGGGAUGCGUAUCGACGGUAUGAGAAGCCGACAAGGAAGCGCAGUAGGAGCCCGCUCAGAGAGCAAGAUAAACGGCGAAGCAGGUCACCACGCAAGCCUGAUAAGGAUAUAAUUGACGACAAUAUACUUAGCGAGAUAUCGAAGCUUCCCGAACCAAGCGAGCUUUGGGACAAUCAAUUUCAACAGGACAAUAAUUACUCGGCGCCGGCAUCGAAUUUCUCACAAGAUUCCACAUUCAACCACAACUACCAACCCUCAUACUCUGGACAGUAUGAUGAGUUCCAAUCAUCUGGACCUGCAGGACCACCACCUGCGUCCAGUGAAAUGGCCUCCUGGAACCAGAUGUCGCUACCACCACCACCUCCACCACAACAGGUUUAUAAUGUUGAGGAUCAAAUCAAGAAAGAAGCGGCCAUCGAAACGGAAAUGCGUCACCAGAAAGCGGCUCUGUCGAAACAGCGCGAGGACUACAUUAAGAAAGGUGGAAUCCUCAAAAAAGAAUUGGACACAUUGAAAGAUCAACGGAACGAGCUUCGGGGCGAUUCUAAACGCUCCCCAAGUCCCGACACUAAACGCUUUCUUAAGGAAAAUACUAAGUUGCAGUUGGAGAUACAGAAUAAACUGAAGACGAUCAACAAUGUGGUAGACAUGUUGAACGGCAUCAUCGGUGAAGAGGCUGUUGAGAUACCGGUAUCUGAUGAUUCACCGGAUCGCGGCUCUAAGCGAAAGUCUAGGUCACCGUCGAACAAGAAAUUCAACUAUGUAUACUACGAUCCGGAGAUGCAUUGGUGUCGUGUGUGCAACGAGUUCCCUCCUACCGCUAAGGACUACCUGAAUCAUUUGCAUUCGGCCGCGCAUCAUAAGAAUGCAGCAGCCCACAUGGAAGCACCCUGGCAUUCUGUAACGGGAGUUAACGAAGGAUUUCAAACAUUUCCGUCUGCUCCUACAAAGAGAACUCCAAUCAAAGGUCUGCAAUUCUUCGUGCCGUCAACGGCGUGGUACUGCAAGCUGUGCGACCAGUUUAUCGGCGACUUGCACUGCGCCUCCGCCCACCUCAAGUCUGUCGUGCACGCCAAGAACUAUACGAACUUCGUAGAGCAGAACCCGCACUGGGAGACGGACUGGAUGUCGGACCGGCAGAAGGCGUUCGAGAAGACGCGCGGCGGCAACAAGAAGAUCAAGGCCGAGGACAAGUGCCACGCCUACACCGCACACACGAUCACCUUCAACAAGGACGGUUUCCACACGAAGACCAAGAGCCCGCCGAAAGAGGAGGAGAAAAAGAAGAAGGAGAAGAAGAAGAAGAGCAAGCGGAAGAGGAACAGCAGCACCAGCUCGUCGAGUAGCUCCAGCGAUUCGGACAGCGAGCCCGUGAAGAAGAAGAAGAGCAAGAAAAGCAAGAAAUUAAAAUUCGACGCCCACGACCCGCGCGUGCAGGAGCUAGUGUCGUCUCUCAGCGAGCGGCGCCGGGCGGAUCGCAACCACUUUAACGCGUUGGCUAGCAGAAUAAAACUCGGCCAGUUAGAAGACACAAGGCGGCACGCGCCUGACCGCGGCCGGGAGAGGACCACUAGCGACCGGCGCGAUUCGAUUCGCCGUUCCCGUUCAGCUGAUCGUCGGCAAACGGACAACCGGCACCGCGACGAAAGGAGGGACGACAGAAGAGAAGAAAGGAGAGAAGACAGGAGGGAGGAGAAGCGGGAGGAAAAGAGGAGGGAGGAGAAACAAGAGGAACGGAGAGACUCGCCGCCACCUGAUGUUAAGAAACCCGAGAUACGGAAGAUGCCCUUUAUAGGGAAAAUGCCGGUAUACAAACACUUGGGAAAGUCGAAGACGGAAGAGCAAAAGAAGGAAGAAGAGAAGAAAAAGGAAGAUGGCGAAGCGUUGAAGAAGAGACAGCAAGAGAUUGACGCGGAGAUUCAGAAGAAGGUGGCGGAGUUCAAGGAGAAGAUCGCGAAGUCGCAGCUGGAGCGCGAGCAGGAGCAGCAGCAGCAGCGGCUCGUGGGCGGGCUGCUGCCGGGCGCGUUCCUGCUGGCGCCGCCCGCGCCCCCCGCCCCCACCGCCGCCGCCCCGCAGGCCUCCGCCCCCGCCCCCGCCCCCGCCGUGCCCCUCGCGCUGCCGCAGCCCCCGCCCGCCGCCACGCCGCUGCCGCCUGGCACGCAGCCGCCCGUCAGUCUGCCGAAGGACUUCCAAGACGCGCUCGACAUAAUCUUCCCCUCCGAGGUGAAGCAGGAGAUGGGCCAGCAAGACAUGUUCCAGGGGCUGCAGGGCAUUCCGGGCUUCCCGGGCCUCAGCCUCGGCGGCGUGAUGCCGCAGUUCCCGCAGCUCAGCCUGCUGGGGCAGCCGCCCAUGAUGGUGCCCUUCGACAUCAACUCGCCGCUGUUCCCGCGGCCCCAGCUGUACGACGCGCACGUGCCCAUGCUGUCCGCCAAGCGCAACCAGAAGAGUGCCCGCCAGAAUCAGAAGCAGCACAGCCAGAAUCAGCAGAACCAAAGCCAGAAGCCGAUGGAGGAGAAGGAGAGCCCGGUGGAAAAGAAGACGGAGAGGAAUAAAGCGGAGCUGGAUGAAUUGGCUUUGUUGGGAAUCGACGCGUCGGAUGUUGGGGCGGGGAUGUGAUUGUUGCGUAUUUGGGGUGUAAAGUUAGAAAUAAAGUUAUUGACGGAUGUGAUGUGGAAUUUUAUUGCAUUCUACGUGUGAUGGGCAGAUAUACGUCGGAAUGAGUUUUUUUUUUUGUUUUACAAAGAUGUUGUUUGCAAAAAAAAUAUGUAUUAUCCCACGUCGUAAAAUAAAAUUCUAUUGGGUUAGCGUGAAUAGAAAGUUUUCUCCCAAUCUCAAUACUUAUCAAGGUUUUGACUUCGUUUUAAGUUUUAUAUUUUUCAAGUAGAUAGUAAGAAAAAAACAUCAAUCAUAAAACAAAUAUGAGUUAAACAGAGCUAUGUAAUAUGACUUGUCUUUACGUAACUUUUAGUUUACAACUGUACAUUUUACCAUUUAGUGUAUAUUAUGUGAUGAAUAAUAAAGAUAUUCGAUUUGUUUAA